AUGAAUAUAGAAAUGUUUAAAUUAAGUUUUAAAAGUUUAAUUAAAAAUACAAAUCAAACAUCAUCAUUAUCUAAUGGUAUAAAACUAUUUUCAUUUGGUAGUGGUUGGUGUGGUCAAUUGGGAUUAGGUGAUAAGGUAGUUGAGCAAUUCACACCAAAACAAAUCGAAUUCGACAAAGAUAUUAUUUUAACAGAGAAUGAUAAAAUUAAAACUGGAUCUUAUCAUGCAUUACUUGUAAAAGAUAAUAGCAUUCAUGUUUGGGGUGAAAAUAAAUUUGGUCAAUUAGGAUUAGGUAAUUUUAUAAAUCAUUUUAAACCAAUAGAAAAUAAAUUAAUAUUCCAACAACAACAACAACAACAACAAGGAAAAGAAGAAGAAAUUAAAAUUGAAAAUGUUGAAUGUGGUUCAUUUCAUACAAUAAUAUCAACAAAUAAUAAUAAAACUUAUUCGUUUGGUUGGAAUUCAAGAAUACAAUGUGGUCAUAUCCCUAAUAAUAAUAAUAAAGAUUCUAUUGUUGAAACUAUUAAUCAACCAAAAGAAAUUGAAAUUUUAAAAGGCAAAAAAGUCAAUGCAAUUUCAUGUGGUUUUGAUUUUUCAAUAGUUUCAACAGUUGAUAAUGGUGUUUAUAUAUUUGGAAUGAAUGAUCGUGGUCAAUGUAAUGGAAUUCUACCAUCAUCAUCAUCAUCAUCAUCAUCAUCAUCUGGUAAAUUAAUUAUUGAACCAAUUGAAAAUAAAUCAUUAAAUAAUAUUGAAAUUAAAAAAUUAUCAAGUGGAUGGGGUCAUACAUUAUUAUUAACAUCAGAUGGUGAAUUAUUAUCAUGGGGUUCAAAUCAGCAUGGUCAAUGUGGUACUGGAAUUAAAACAAAAGUUUCACCAAUUACAAAGAUUAAAAUUCCAAAUAAUUUAAAAGUUUUAGAUAUUUCAUGUGGUUCUUGUGUUUCUGCUGCAAUCUUAUCUGAUAAUAAUGUUUAUAUUUGGGGCUCGAGUGGUGAUGGUAAAUUAGGGUUAGGUUCAAAUCAAAAAGAUGAUUUAUUAAUUCCAACUUUAUUAAAUACAUUAACCAAUAGUACUGGUACUAGACAUAUUUCAUUUGGAUCGGAUCAUUGUGUUUCAUUACCAAUUAAUGAGAAUGGAAAUGGUAUAUUUUACGGUUGGGGUUUUGGUCAACAUGGUUGUUUAGGUUUUGGUGAUUCAAUUGAUCAAUUAAAAGUUUAUUCAAUCCCUGAAAAAAAUGAAUUCUUUCAAAAAAAUAAUUUUAAAAUUUUAAAUAUGAAAUCAUCAAUAGAUACAACUUUUUCAUUAGUUUCUUCAAAAUAA